AUGUCGGGUCCUUCUUAUCCAUAUGGUCAACCUCCAUAUGGCAGCUCAUCCACUCCCUCAUAUCAGCCAUACAACAAUGCCUCCCCCCCGCCCCGUACUCACGGCCCCCUCCGCAGCAGCCGCCCGGAUACCCCGCACCCCAGCAACAGCAGCAGCAGCAGCAGCAACCGUCGCAGGGCUACAAUCGUCCUCCCCCGCCGCCCGCCCCCCGGUCAGCCCUACGGAUCGGCUGCAUCACCUUAUCCGGGACAGCAGCCACCAUACUCGCCUCAACAGCCACCCUAUUCCGGAUCACACUCGCCCUAUCCGGGACAGCCUCCGCAGUCUCCCUAUAACCAGCCCCCGUACCCACCCCAAGGAGCACCCUAUGGUCAUCCUGCACCCUCCCCCGGACCUCCCGGUGGACAAUCCUACGGUCCCCCAGGCGGUCCCGGUGGUCAGUAUGGACCUCCCGGAGGUGCUCCUGGACCCCAAGGUGCUCAAGGCGGUCCGGCCACCCCGCAGCAAGUCGAUGCGUAUCGUCGGGUGCUGGAAGACACCAUUCGGGAGAAGCAGCUGCAGCGAUUCUAUCCCCCGGGCUCUCCCGCCCUCGAGGGGCUCGUUCAAUUCCUCGCCAAUGAAGCUCCUUCUCGCCUGCAGCGCAUCGUCCACGAACUCAAUGUGCCCAUGGAGGUGGCGACCGACCUGAUGAAGCUGGCCCUGUUCGACACCAUCCUGUACGUGGAUGACAGCGGCUCGAUCGAAUUUGAAGAAAAGGGUCUGCGCAAGGAACAACUCCGACAGAUUCUGGGAAUCGUGGCCACCGUUGCGUCCAACUUUGACCGAGAUGGGAUUGAAGUGCGCUUCAUGAACUCGGCCGAGGAGGGUCACGGCAUCAAGAAUCCGGAUGAUGUCGAACGACUGGUCUCGCGUGUCCGGUUCUCCGGUUUGACGCCCCUGGGCACCAGCCUCCGUCAGAAGGUGGUUGACCCCCUGGUGGUCGGGCCGGUCCGAUCCGGUCGUCUGCAGAAGCCUGUGUUGAUCAUCACCAUCACGGACGGCCAGCCUGCCGGUGAGGCCCACAGCACCGUGCGGGACACCAUCAGCUACGCCAUCAACGAGGUUCAGCGCGCGCAGUACACCGCGGGGGCUGUCUCCUUCCAGUUCUCCCAGGUAGGCAAUGACACGCGCGCGCGCGACUUUUUGUCAGAUCUGGACGAGGACGCCGAAAUCGGCCAAUUGAUUGACUGCACAUCCAACUUUGAGGUGGAGCAGGACGAGAUGGCUCGGGCCAACCCGCCCGUGCACUUGACUCGGGAACUCUGGUGCGCCAAACUUAUGCUCGGUGCGAUCGACAGCUCCUACGACACCAAAGAUGAAAGGACCAACCGACGUGGUGGGCCCGGCGGCCCUCCCCCCGGUCCCCCUCCCGGACAGUAUGGGGGCGGUGGUUAUGGUCAGGGUCCUCCUCCCCCACAGGGCGGCUCCUACGGCGGUCCUCCCCAGGGCUAUCCUCCGCAGGGCUACCCGGCCCAAUCGUACGGCCAACAGCCUGGUUAUCCCCCGCAGCAGCAACAACAACAACCUCCUUACCCGAAUGCCAACCGCGGACCGAGUCCGGGCUAUGGUCAACCUCAGUCCUACGGAGGUGGCUACGGUGGGCCACCACCCCCGGGGGGACCCGGCGGGUAUCCUCCUUCGGGGGGUUAUGGACAGCCACCCCGGCGUUACUAG